AUGAAAAGAAAUUGUAGGUGUGUCGCCUGCCUCAUUUUGUAAUCCAAAGAGUUCCAUUGGUAGCUUUUCCCAUUGACCCCGAAAGAGGACAGAGAAAAACUGUAAGAGAAGAAUUACGCUUACUAAGAACGCUUAAGAAAGUCGAAAAUGGUGACAUUCAAGCUGAUGAUUACUGCUGAGGUUGAGAAUGUUUCCACUAUUCAACCUAUGGGUGGCUGCAAUGAUCCUUCUUUCACCUACUACUUUAAGUUGAAAUGUGAGAAUUGUGGUGAAGUUACUCAGAAAGAGACUUCUGUUGUACUUGAAGAGGUUUUUCCUAUUCCUAAAAGCCGCGGUCAAGCUAAUCUCGUCCAGAAGUGCAAGUUCUGUGAAAGGGAGGGUACUGUUACAAUGCUUCCGGAUGCUCCUUCUUCGGGAACAAAAAUGAGAUGCCGCCCUCUAACCGGUGAUGACUGUGAGGUGGGACAUUAUGCACCUUUGAUGUUCUUUGAUUGUCGAGGUAUUGAGCCAGUUGAGUACUACUUUGGUGGUAGUCAGUGGAAAGUUGAAACUACUGCUGGAACUGUAUACGAGAAUGUGGACCUGUCGGGAGGGGACUGGGCGGAAUAUGAUGAGAAGGGAGAAAUGCCAGUUUCAAUCAGCAACUUGAAGUCCCGUUUUGAGGUGGCGAAAAUGUAAGGCUGACAAAUGACGAUAAUAACAUGCGCAGUUCUGUGAAUCAGACACAGACCGAUGAAGUGUGAAUUACAUCAGUACAUAAAAGUUGCUUGUAAUAUUGAAUAAAAAAGGAGCAUAAAUAUAUAACUUAAGUCUGUUACUUGGAUGUGUUGGCUGAUGUUGCUAAAUUUAUUGGAAGUGUCAAGUUUUGGUCUAGUCUGUUUUAUGAAAUGGUUUAUACAACUGCAAAUGGUAGUCUUUAAUUGCCAUCACCAGUGGCUCACUCAAUUUAACAUGUUUAGUUUUGAGAUGC